CAGGUAUCAGAGAAGAAUCAGUGGGGAGAAAUUGUAGAGGAGUUUAACUUUCCCAGAAGUUGUUCUAACGCUGCCUUCGCUUUAAAACAGUAUUACUUGCGUUAUCUAGAAAAGUAUGAAAAAGUCCAUCAUUUUGGGGAGGAGGAUGAUGAGGUACAACCAGGCAAUCCAAAGCCACAACUUCCUAUUGGUGCAAUUCCAACGUCCUAUAACUACCAGCAACACAGUGUGUCAGAUUACCUUCGUCAAAGCUAUGGGCUGUCUAUGGACUUAAACUCACCAAAUGACUACAAUAAAUUGGUGCUUUCACUGUUAUCUGGACUCCCAAAUGAAGUGGACUUUGCAAUUAAUGUAUGUACUCUUCUUUCAAAUGAAAGCAAGCAUGUUAUGCAACUUGAAAAGGACCCUAAAAUCAUCACUUUACUGCUUGCAAAUGCUGGGGUUUUUGAUGACACUUUAGGGUCGUUUUCUGCUGUAUUUGGAGAAGAAUGGAAGGAGAAAACUGAUAGAGAUUUUGUUAAGUUUUGGAAGGAUAUUGUUGAGGAUAUUGAAGUUCGUGAUCUAAUUUCUGACAGAAGCAAAUCUCAAGAUAUUCCAUCAGAAGAAUGGAUUUGGGAAUCCUUAUUUCAUCCACCUCGCAAAUUGGGCAUUAACGAUAUCGAAGGGCAGCGGGUACUUCAGAUCGCAGUGAUUUUACGUAAUCUUUCUUUUGAAGAGGGAAAUGUUAAACUUUUGGCAGCUAAUCGUACUUGUCUUCGGUUCCUGCUACUGUCUGCUCACAGUCACUUUAUUUCUCUACGGCAGUUGGGGCUUGACACGCUGGGAAAUAUUGCAGCAGAGCUUCUUUUGGAUCCUGUUGAUUUCAAAACUACUCAUCUAAUGUUUCACACUGUUACAAAAUGCCUCAUGUCAAGGGAUAGAUUUUUAAAAAUGCGAGGCAUGGAAAUCUUGGCAAAUCUUUGUAAGGCUGAAGAUAAUGGUGUCCUAAUUUGUGAAUAUGUGGAUCAAGAGUCCUAUAAAGAGAUUAUAUGUCAUCUCACGCUACCAGAUGUGCUGCUUGUAAUCUCAGCACUUGAGGUGCUAUACAUGCUCACAGAAAUGGGAGAAGUGGCCUGCUCAAAGAUUGCUAAAGUGGAGAAGAGCAUAGAUACGUUAGUGUGUCUGGUUUCUAUGGACAUCCAGAUGUUUGGACCUGAUGCACUUACUGCUGUGAAACUCAUUGAGCAUCAGUGCAUUAGCCUGCAAGGAGUACCUGAUGUCAGACCACAAGUAAUGGAUCAUGGUUCUUCACAGGCACAUGCAACAGGUGUCCCAGCCUCCAGGACGGCACCACAUGUUGCUCCACCACCAGGGAUAGUAGAAAUAGACAGCGAGAAGUUUGCAUGUCAGUGGUUGAAUGCACAUUUUGAGGUGAAUCUUGAUUGCUCAGUCUCUCGAGCAGAAAUGUACUCUGAAUACCUCUCUACCUGUAGUAAAUUAGCUCGAGGUGGAAUCCUAACGUCAACUGGAUUUUAUAAAUGUCUGCGAACUGUCUUUCCAAAUCAUACAGUGAAGCGAGUAGAUGAUCCAAGUAACAAUGGUCAAGCACAUAUACACGUGGUAGGAGUGAAAAGGAGAGCGAUACCACUUCCCAUACAGAUGUACUAUCAGCAGCAACCAACUUCGUCUACCCCAGUUGUCCGGGUUGAUUCUAUUCCUGAUGUGUCUUCAUCUCCUUCGCCAGCAGGAAUCCCACAUGGGCUACCAAGCGUAGGAAAUCACUAUCAGAGGACUCCUAUUAACCAGUCUUCAACUUUGACAGCAACACAGAUGUCUUUUCCAAUUCAAGGUGUUCAUACUGUGGCACAGACUGUUUCUAGAAUUCCACAAAAUCCUUCUAUUCAUACACAGCAAAAUGCUCCAGUGACUGUUAUACAGAACAAAGGUCCAAUAUCCUGUGAAGUGGUGAAGGCCACAGUAAUACAGAGCUCUGUUCCCCAGUCUGCGGUUCCUGUUACUAUUGCUGUAGGAGGAGGACCGCAAGCUUCUAAUCAAAAUCACAGCACUACAGGACAACAGCCCUCUGUUGCUGUUGUUAGUUCUCAGACGCUGCUUCACCACCAACCUGUAAUUCAACAACAGUCUCCACUGCAUGCAGUGGUACCGGGACAGAUACCUUCAGGCACUCCUGUUACCGUCAUUCAGCAAGCUGUACCUCAGGGUCAUAUAUUUGGCAGAGUACAAAACAUACCAGCAUGCAGUUCAGCAGUUUCACAGGGUCAGCAGCUCAUCAGCACAUCGUCGCAGCCUGGACAGACAUCAUCUCAGCAGUCCUCUGCUGGUAACCAGCAACAAGACACAGUCAUCAUAGCACCACAGCAGUACGUCACAACCUCUGCGUCCAACAUGGUCUCUGCCACCACGGUUCAAAAUUUCCAGGUAGCAGCUGGGCAGGUGGUCACCAUCGCAGGUGUCCAGAACCCACCGACAUCUAGGGUAGGGUUUCAGAAUAUCGCACCGAAGCCUCUGCCGUCUCAGCAGGUUCCACCUGCUGUGGUGCAGCAGCCCAUGCAGCCACAGCAGCAGCCUCCUCCACCGUCCCAGCAAAGCGUAGUGAUCGUAAGCCAGCCAGCUCAGCAAGGCCAAACCUAUGCACCAGCCAUUCAUCAGAUAGUGCUGGCUAAUCCAGCUUCUAUUCCCGCUGGCCAAACUGUCCAGUUGACCAGUCAGCCGAGCAUUACUCCGUCGUCUUCACCGUCCCCAGGCCCGGUUACGAAUAAUCAAGUCCCUACAGUUAUGUCAUCUUCAUCCACCACUCCUCAGUCACAAGGACCCCCUCCUACUGUCAGCCAGAUGCUGUCUGUAAAGAGGCAGCAGCAGCAGCAGCAUUCACCAGCAUCCUCGCAGCAGCAGGUACAGGUACAACAACCGAUACAAAUGCAGGUUCAGUCACAGCAAGCUAAUACAGGAGUUGGCCAGCCUAACUCUGGUGAGUCUAGUCUGAUAAAACAACUGCUUCUUCCAAAAAGAGGCCCCUCCACACCAGGAGGGAAGCUCAUACUCCCAGCUCCACAGAUUCCUCCACCUAAUAACGCAAGAGCUCCUAGCCCUCAGGUGGUUUAUCAGAUGGCCAAUAACCAGGCGCCAGGCUUUGGAGUUCAGGGACAGUCUCCAGCUCAGCAGCUGCUAGUCGGACAGCAGAACGUGCAGCUGGUCCCAGGUGCAAUCCAGCCCCCAGGGGCAGUCCAGACAGUACCCAUCUCCAAUUUACAGAUCUUGCCAGGCCAGUUGAUCUCAAACAGCCCAGCAACGAUUUUCCAAGGGACUACUGGCAACCAGGUCACGAUAACAGUUGUGCCAAAUACGAGUUUUGCUACCGCAACUGUGAGUCAGGGAAACGCAGUAGGAAUUGCAGUGAGUGGAGCACAGACAGGAGUUGGGCUACAGGUGCAAACGCUUCCAGCUACUCAAGCACCUUCAGCUGGACAAUCACCGUGUACUGCUGCUCCCCCAUUCAAAGGUGAUAAAAUAAUUUGCCAAAAGGAGGAAGAAGCAAAGGAAGCAACAGGUUUACACAUUCAUGAACGUAAAAUUGAAGUUAUGGAGAAUCCUUCCUGCCGAAGAGGAGCUGCAAACACCAGCAAUGGGGAUGCAAAAGAAAAUGAAAUGCAGGUGGGAAGUCUUUUAAAUGGGAGAAAGUAUAGUGACUCCAGUCUACCUCCUUCUAACUCAGGGAAAACUCAGAAUGAGGCCAAUCAGUGCUCACAAGUCAGUAAUGGGCCAUCAUUAGAAAUGGGUGAGAACGGAGCUCCUGGAAAGCAGAACUUUGAACAAAUGGACAUGCAGGAAAUUAAAAGUGAUUUGAAGAAGCCCCUAGUUAAUGGAAUCUGUGAUUUUGAUAAAGGAGAUGGUUCUCAUUUGAGCAAAAACAUUCCAAAUCACAAAACUUCCAAUCAUGUAGGAAAUGGUGAGAUAUCUUCAGUGGAACAACAAGGGAGUUUGGAUGCCACGCAGCAAGAUACUGCCAAAGGUGAUCAAGGGGAAAGAAUUUCUAAUGGGCCUGUAUUAACUUUGAGUAGUUCACCUGUUGUAAGCGGUACACAGGAGGCUGCAAAACUGUUAACCCAGCAACUUAGUGGUACCAACACUGAUUUACCCAAUGGACCUCUAGCUUCAAGUUUGAAUUCAGAUGUGCCUCAGCAACGCCCAAGUGUAGUUGUCUCACCACAAUCUACAGCCUCUGUUAUACAGGGGCAUCAAAUCCUAGCAGUUCCACACUCAGGACCUAGAGCGUCCCAGUCUGCCCUGUCCUCCGAAGUUCGGUCUACUAAUGGCACAGCAGAAUGCAAAACUGUAAAGAGGCCAGCAGAGGAUAAUGACAGGGAAACUGUUCCAGGAAUUCCAAAUAAAGUAGGAGUUAGAAUUGUUACAAUCAGUGACCCCAACAAUGCUGGUUGCAGUGCAACUAUGGUUGCUGUGCCAGCUGGAGCGGAUCCAAGCACUGUAGCAAAAGUAGCAAUAGAAAGUGCUGUUCAACAAAAGCAGCAGCAUCCAACCACGUUUAUACAAAGCAUGGUCACACAGAGCACACCUGCAACGUCAAUACCAACAGUGCAAGUACAAGGCCAGCAGAUCAAUUUGCAGCCACCUUCAUACACUGCAGCAAGUCAGCAUGCAGAGCAAAUGAAAAAACCUGGACAGAACUUCAUGUGUCUGUGGCAAUCUUGUAAAAAGUGGUUUCAGACACCAUCACAGGUUUUCUAUCAUGCAGCAACUGAACAUGGAGGAAAAGAUGUCUACCCAGGGCAGUGCUUGUGGGAGGGAUGUGAACCUUUCCAGCGGCAGCGGUUUUCCUUCAUUACCCAUUUACAGGAUAAGCACUGUUCCAGAGAUGCUUUGCUUGCAGGAUUAAAGCAAGAUGAACUUGGACAAGCAGGAAAUCAGAAGCCUUCCAACAAGCAGCCAGCUGCAGGGGGUACUGCCCCUACUCCCAGAGCACAGAAGGCCAUUGUGAAUCAUCCAAGUGCUGCCCUAAUGGCAUUAAGGAGGGGAUCAAGAAACCUUGUCUUCAGAGAUUUCACAGAUGAAAAAGAGGGACCAAUAACUAAACACAUCCGAUUAACAGCUGCCUUAAUAUUAAAAAAUAUUGGUAAAUAUUCAGAAUGUGGUCGCAGAUUGCUAAAAAGACAUGAAAAUCAUCUAUCAGUGCUAGCCAUUAGUAAUAUGGAAGCUUCCUCCACACUUGCCAAAUGCCUUUAUGAACUUAAUUUUACUGUCCAGAGUAAAGAACAUGAAAAAGACUCUGAGAUGCUGCAGUGA